AUGAGUUUGAAUUGUGAAAACAGCUUCCUUAUUAAAAAGCAAGAGAUAAGGCUGCAUAGAAAUACGACCUCCCAAAGUGGGGAGCCCCAUGCACCAGAGCCGCCUUCUGUUAAACACAUUGGCUAUAUGCUAAGCAGGACAAGGUGGAAACAAUCAAAUGAUGAUAAUUAUACCAACACCUAUGAUAACAAGAAUAUCGUUCUGCUUUUUGUAAAGGGAGCUGUACCUCAUAUUCUUGAGAAGACUACAGAGGAUUUCUUUUUGAAGAUUAGAAAUAUGCUCAGAGAAGCUGCUAACAUUUGCUAUGAUAGACUCAAGGAAAUCCCUUGCGUUACUUGCCCACAUAGACCUGAAGGAGCCAUGUCUACAAUAGUGAAGCUCGACCUGUCAUUAUUGGAAGACAUAAGUGAUGAUCUGGAUUUCUGUGUCAAGCUUGCGAAAGAGGAAUCUGUGAUUGUUUUACCAGGGUCUGCCAUGGGGCUGAAGAAUUGGCUACGGGUAACGUUCUCAGUUGAGCCAUCGCUGCUUGAAGACGGCCUUCUGAGGGUGAAAACUUUUUACUUGAGGCAUGCCAGGAAGAAGUAACAUCUCUUCUAACAUAGGUCUUGAAUAUUCAGUAGUUAGGAACUGCAGAUUGAAUGUUUUGUUACUGAAGUUUUAAAUGGUGCUGAACCAUAUAUAUGUGGCCAUUCCGGUGAACCUUGGAAGUUGAAAUAAUCUGCUAUGCUGAGCUAUGGGUUUUCAGCCUCAUCCAUUGUCUUCUUGCAGUCUGGGAAUGUGAACUUACAAAUGCAAAGGAUAGGAUUGGAUAGGAGAAUCUGUUUUUAGUUCAAAGUGGUUCCCAAGUUGACAGA